CAAUCAGAGAUAGGGAUCUGUUACUAAGGUGUAGCGUCCUCGAGGGAGAUGGAAACAUGGCGGCCUCCAGGCCUGGAUCUUACUGUGGGGAGGUGAAAGCGCUGCGUCGGGACGGUUAUGGAGUUUACGUUUACCCUAAUUCUUUCUUCCAGUAUGAAGGAGAGUGGAAGCAAGGGAGAAAACACGGUCACGGGAAACUGCUGUUUAAAGAUGGAAGUUAUUAUGAAGGCGAGUUCGUAGAUGGAGAAAUUAAGGGCAAUGGACUCAGAUACUGGGCAUCUACAGGGAAUACUUAUUCUGGCCAGUUCCUCUUUGGAGAGCUGCACGGGCAUGGAGUCAUUCGCUAUGCAGAUGGUGGAAAAUAUGAAGGGGAGUUCUCCUAUGGAAUGCGAGAAGGCCACGGGUUACUGAUUGACAAGGAUGGACAAAUAUAUCAAGGAAGCUUCCAUAGCAACAAAAAACAUGGAGGAGGGAAAAUGAUCUUCAAAAAUGGGGAUGAAUUUGAAGGAGACUGGAUCCUGGACCAGAGACAAGGUCACGGAGUGCUUCACUGUGCCAAUGGAACUGUAUACGAGGGACAGUGGAGAAAUGACACAUUCAACGGACAGGGCUCUAUAAUCCAUUGUUCAGGUGUCAUCUAUGAUGGACUGUGGCUCAAUGGCUACCCUGUUGGACAAGCAAAGAAGAUUGUGAUUAUGGGACCAGAGGUUAUUGAGAUAGUGCAAGGGUCUUCCCAUACAUUUCAAGUCCAGCUGGAAAACGAGAAAGGAGAGGUUUGUGAAAGUGAGAGUGGUCGACUGCUGGAGAUCAGUGCUGGUAUCCAAGCAGGCCAGCUUUCUGAAAGUUUAAAAACCAAUUCAUAUGAGUUCCUUGAGCAAACUGGGAGGCAGCCAAUCAAAAGCUCUUUCGGAUUUGAGUAUAUUCCGUAUCCUUUGAUGAUUGUCACGUCUGGAAGCCAGAAACCGCAAGCUGCCCUGCCUGCUGUUGGUGGAAAUCAACUUGCCCUGCUUGAACUGCUAAUACCCCCAAGUGCCUUAGAACCAGAAUCUGGAUCAAAACCUCUGGGUGGUGCAGGAGAUGCCCUUAGCAACCACUACGAAAAUGAAAGUGGCUGUUUCCGAAGAGUUGAGCGCGGCUGUGCCAUCUUCAGUAGCAUCACCCUUGCACCUCUUCCAGGAGAUCCUCAACCUGCUGUGCAGUCAGAUGAGCCAAAUGAAAAAGGGGGCAAAAAGGCAAGUGUCAAGACCAUUGCAGAGAAAAUGACUGCUUCCCAGGAGACGGUUGGAGAUAGCAGCCAGAAAGGAGUCAGUCAACAUCGACUAUCAAAGGACAUUAUGAAUAGCCCCAACCUGCAAGCUGUAGGUGAUUGAGGUAUUUACAUCUUUCCCUGGAAGUCAUCACACAGGUGGAGUUACUGCAAUCAGUGAAAGAGCAGAUGAGGGAGAGAAACUCAACUGACACCAGGCGGGACUUGUUCUGGCUAUUGUGUUUCAGUCCAGUUUAUCUCAGUAAUUCAUGGAGGCUUGGGAUGCAGUGGAGGUGGGAUGAAAAGAGGAGGAAUGUCAAUGGCAACCGCAGAGUAGAGUGGGGUGGCAUUCUAUCCUUCCUCCCCUUAGUUACAUUUAAGAGGUAGCUGCCCAGAGCGGCUGGGGCAACUCCGUCAGGUGGGCAGAGUAAAAAUAAUAAAUUUAUUUAAUUAUUAUAGUUGAGGGGUUUUUAUUCUUGUUCUGGCACACUAGAAAAAGAGACAUAGCUCUCUUGAGCUUUGUCAGCUUGGUGAGUUGUUGUUGUUUCCCCCCACCCUUGGGUUGUAUUGUGGCUUCAAAGCAUUGCUGGUGUGUUUGUGUUCUUAUUUAAAAUGAGCCUUGCGAUUCUCCGUAGCAUUUCCUGGAGUGGAGGUUUCCAUGGAGACUAUACUCCAGGAAAUGCCUUGGUUUGCAUUUUCAAAGAACCCUUGUCGCUCCCCAGCCUUGCCGGGCAGAUGUUUGUGUUCUUAAGAAAGAGUUUUGGAGUUGUGAUUUUCCGUACUGGGUUUCCCUGGAGUCUAAACUAGUGUGCAAAACUAGCAACUACAGUCAAAGCCCACCUGCAUAACUCUACAAUAUCCUGUACCUGUCUGUCUUUGAAACAGAUACAUUCUGAUGCUAGUUAAACAUUGAAGAGCUGGCUUUCCUCCUUGCCACGGGCAUGUGAAGAGGUGUGUGUGCGUUGCAACCAUGUAGAACACAAAGACCCCAAUUGUUUAUUUCAGGAAGCAUUCUAACAGAACAUAGAUGUGUCGGAAGCUGCCUUAUAUUGAGUCAGACCAUUGUCCGUCUGGGUCCCCAUUUUCUACACUGACUGGCCAUGGCUUGCCAGGAUUUCAAUCAGGGUACAAUUCUUAGCCCUAUGUGGAUAUGCCAGGAACCUUUUGCAUACAAAACAGAUGCUCUACUGAACUAUGGUUCCAUUUACUUUGCUGUAAAUGAUCCUGGGGAAGAGAUUCAUACGUGUGGUACAAAACUAUUCAUCAGAAUGGAAAUGACAUCAAAUACUGUCUGGCACAGCUCCUGGUACCCCAGAUUUCUCCAGUUAUUAAGAAAAUUAUGAAUCAGUUUAUCUAGCAGGAUAUACUUUUAGCCACAGAGAACUGUGUUAUUUUUCCAGAAAUAUUGGUAUCAUUCUAAUGUGUAAGAAAGGAGAUGUUUGAGUGCUCAAAUUGGGAGAAAUGCCCCUUCUCAAAUGACAAACUGUUUCCAAUAAACCUAUGCCAAUUCA